UAGGUGACAAGUUAAGUAAACAGUACUUUGUAGAUCUGGAACACUGCUGCUGUAGUUGGCAAGUAGCAGUUGGUGGUGCGGUAGAUGAUUGUUUAAGUUAUUUAUUUCUCCAAUUUAAUAAUUCAGAAAGACGAUACACAUUUCCGGCAGUUCAUAUGCAGCGCUUAAAUUAUUUUUCAAAUACAAUUGGAAGAUGACACCGUUAGUCCGGUAGAGAAAUUCGUUUCGCGCAACUUUUGAGAGAAUCUUCGAAACCGAAGAUGGCGCAGGGUGGUGUAACAGGCUCGCUGCUGUUCGCAGUGGGCGCGGCCGUGCUCGGCAUGCUGCAAUUCGGCUUCAACACCGGCGUCAUCAACUCGCCGCGCUCCUUCAUCGAGAACUUCAUCAGCGAGCAGUACCAGGCGAGCCCCAGUCUUAUAUUCAGUAUCAUCGUCAGUAUAUUCGCCGUCGGUGGUAUGAUAGGCUGCCCCUUCGCCAGCUGGAUGCUUGAAAAGUACGGCCGCAAGAAGGCCCUGCUCGUAAACUCUGUCAUUGGUCUAGUGGGCGCUGUGCUCAUGGGAUUCAGCAAACUGGCCGACUCUGUGGAAAUGAUUAUUAUUGGAAGAUUCAUUAUCGGCAUUAACUGUGGCUUUGCUACUACUGCUUCACCGACUUAUGUAUCAGAAGUAGCACCUGUGAGGUUGCGUGGUGCGUUCGGUACUGUCAACCAACUGGCUGUAGCUUUCGGUAUGGUUGGCGCUCAGAUAUUGGGUAUCGACAUGAUCCUUGGAAGCAAUGAGGGAUGGCCUUGGCUGCUCGGAUUAGCACUCAUCCCGUCAGGCCUCCAACUUGUCAUGGUAUUGUUUACCCCCGAGAGUCCUCGAUAUUUGCUCCUCGUUGUCCAUGAUGAAGAGAAAGCAAGAGCUGCGCUGAGUUCAAUUCGAGGAACGUCUGAAAUUGAUGACGAGAUCAAUGAUAUGCACGUAGAAGAUCGUGCGGCUAGGCAAGAAGAGAAGUUUAGUAUUCGCGACUUGUUCAUGAUCAAAGCUCUGCGACAACCGCUGAUUAUCGGAGUAGUGAUGCAUUUGUCGCAGCAACUGGGAGGUAUCAACGCUGUACUUUACUACUCCACUACUAUAUUCGAGAGCGCCGGCCUGACGCCAGAGAGCGCUCGUUUGUCUGCGAUAGGUGUGGGCAGCAUGCUAUUUAUAAUGGCUCUUGUGUCGAUUCCUCUGAUGGACCGGCUCGGCAGGCGCACGCUGCAGCUGGGCGGACUCGCCGGUAUGGCACUGUUCUCCGUGCUCAUGACGGUCGCAUUCUUCACGUACGAGGAUAACACGACGAUGAGUAUAUUUGCCGUCAUCUUCACGUUCCUGUACGUGGCCUGCUUCGGCGUCGGCCCCAGCUCUAUACCGUGGAUGUUGCUGUCAGAGCUGUUCGGACAAGGCGCCCGCAGCGCGGCCGUGAGCGUCGGCGCGCUCGUCAACUGGUUCGCCAACUUCAUAGUAGGAUUAACUUUCAUACCGAUGUCGGAAGCAUUCGGAAACUAUGUGUUCUUGCCAUACACUGUCCUACUAAUCUUAUUCUUCAUCUUCACAUACUUGAAACUGCCAGAAACGAAGAACAGGACGAUCGAGGAGGUGACCGCUCUCUUUAAAAAGUAACCGUGGCUAGACGUAAGCGACAUUCCUUAGAUUAAGAUAAUUGUUGCAGAAUUGCAAUAGGUUUACAGCAUAUUGUGAUAGAAACUGUAUUUAAUUUGAUUAUCUAGUAUAAUAUAGACAUGAGCGAGUGUUAUCUAUGUCCUUUCUAUCAGUUUUGUAUAAAAAUGGAAAGACUGAACAGAACACCUUACCUUUAAACAAUAAACAUGGCCGCUUGCUCAGGUGCUGACUGACAACUUGAAUUACAAUACGGAACCAUAUAUUUUAUAUAAGAACAUAGAUAGUCUAUCUAAAACAGUACAGUUUCGUCGAAAGAUUUUUGUAGGCUCAGUAGUUAUCACCGACGUACAAUCAACAGCACUCUUUAUAGUAUUAGUAUAGAUGGGUCAUUUAGAUUCUUGAUACUUGAUAUAUAAAUAAAGUACUUAUUAAACAAUAAAACUUUAACUGUAUAAAUAUUUUAGAUGAUGUUUAUAUGCAUUAAUUCAAAUUAUUAUGUACUACGAAUCACGAUUAAGAAUCAUUGUUCUUCUAUGAAAUAUUUAAAGCAGGUUAUAUCAACCUUUUUCUGACAGUGGUGACUGUAAAAAAGGUAGUGCACGAACAUGAAUUAAGUAUUUUAUCGAAGGAGUAUUUAUGUAGUUAAAACAUCGGACCUAAAAUAAACACUGUAUGUUUUGUGAUUGUAUGCAAAUGAGCCGUAAACGACACAAGAACAAUGUUUUAUCGUUAGUUUAUUGAUGAAUACGUUAUAAUUAUGUUUAUUGAUAUUAAUUUUGAUAUUGUUGGAUUUCCAAAGGUUCGAGGACCAAAAGUUUAUUUUAUGGAUGUUUAAAUUGUUACUAAGAUAUUAAUUUGUGCUGAUUCUGUUGUGUGCAAACUAAACUAAAUUGAAACCACUUUUUAACGGAUAAGUUGUAAAAACUAUGAUAUUUUAAUAUAAAAAAAAAAAUGUUUAAUCCAAAUAACUACACGUAAAUUAAUGAUUAAGGACCGGUUGGGUCCGAAACAUUAUUUACUAAGGUUUUCAUAAAGAAGGCGUUUUCUUCGUUAUUUCAAUAUAUAGUAGUAUCUAAAACUUGUUCAAACAGACCGUUAGAACAAGUAAAGAAUGUAAAUGAAACUGUCAAAUUAAGCAAGAACUUUCCAAUUCCAAACAAUUUAGCAUACAAAGAAACGUUUUUCUUUUUAUUAACAGUGUGAUAGUCAAGUCGUAAAUUAGAUCGAUAAAUAUAAUUAUUAGUUUCUUGCCGACAUAUUUUAGCUUCACAACUUCGCAACUAGGUAUACCUAUUGCUAGUUUAGUUUGCAAACUAUAGAAUAAGCACUGUUUGUUUUUUAAUUACUUUUUAGUGCAACUAACCGUUGAUUGCACUUUUUUUGGUGCUUUUUUUUCGAUUGUCUAUUCUAGUGCCUUAACCUUAUUUAUUCACUCUGGUUGGAAAUAUAGAAUUUCUAAUGUUAAUGAACUCAAAUUAACCUCAGGCGAAAUAAUGUAAUCAUUAUUAUAUUAUAGUGUAAUAAGUAAUUAAUAAUAUAUUAAAAUAAUAUAAUAGUCUAAAGCGACAGUGUGUGACACCUAAUAUGUGAAAUAUGAUAUUGUUGCUACCGACAACAUAAACAUUUUCAAAGUUCUCAGUAAAUAUCAUAUAAAGUGGAGCCUUGGGAGGUAAUUGCGACUGUUUUGUGGUAUUAUAUUUGUACACAUUGUCGCAAAAUUACGAAAAUAUGAGCCAACAGCAACACAGACCAUUAUAUAGACAUUAAAUCGAUUGUCGACUUUAUAUUGUUCCCAGUAAAUCAUACCUCCUCGCAUAUUAUAAUGAUAUAGUUAGUGCAUUGUAUACAAACUAAAUAUUUACACUUUCACAUUAUUAGGUACACCGCCUAGUGGCGAUAGAAUAGCAAAUUAUAUUCAUUAUCUAUUAGGACGUUCCUAUCACCGUAACGAAUGUCCCAAGUCUUUCAAGACGUUUAUAAGUCCCUCCAUAGGAUAUACAAGACCCAAUAAACUAGAAUUAAAUUGUAUAUUUAACACCAAAAUAAAUGGAGCCAAUUCUAUGAGAUAAAUUCACCUUUAAAAGUGUGCACGCAAGUUGUAGUUAGCUCUUGAAGUCCAAGAGGUUUUGAGGAAGGCACGGAUAGCUCAGGAAGCGAAUACUGCAUCUGAUUGAAUGUUUCAAGGUCACGAUAGCACGGCAUGUAUGUUUGGCACGCGUAAUUGCCUUACCUGCCGAAUGUUUUUUGAGGUUAUCUAUGGUGAGCGGCAUGAUGGUCAAAAGACUGUCUAGGACGGCGUAUGCAUUUUGUCAAUUCAGGAGGUGACUAGAACUUGCGCGCAGACUAUAGGUAUAUUGAGUAUAACAAUUAUGUCAGAGUAACAUGAGUAUGCUAGCUUCAGUAUUUACCAGUGAGCGACAAUUUUAUUAUAUAUUCAAAUUUAAUAGUUUAUAAAAAAUAUAUUAAAAUAAAAUAUUUAACAUGCUAACUGUACCUCAUUAGUUGACGAUAAUUCGAUAUUGUAUAUUAUAAAGUUGUUUGCAAAAUUCUAUUAAAAUUGAUAUCUAAGAUUCGCAUGUUAAUUAAUUCUGUCUUGUCUAUUUUCAGUCAUAGCUUGUGGCUGAUUGACCAGAAUAAAAAAAAUGUUUUUUUUUUUAAUUAGGCAAACGUAUGUACGAGUGCCAACUGUGGUUGUGCUAAAACCUCAUUUUCAUAUUUAAGAGUAAAACAGCUCAAUGUGAACAGUAUUUCAAUGUUAUUAAUAAACCUUAAAAUGUCAAUGUUUUUGUAAUAAACCAACAUUUUAAGUACAAUCAGCAAAAAAAGUAAUAGUAUACUCAGUUUUGGAGAAAGUGUAAUUCGUUAACUUUAUAAAAUAUUUUUCCAAGUAUUCAAGUUUAAUCUUGUUUCGUUGCUGACUGUACUUCGUCUUGCAACAUAUAUUGCGUUUAAGAUCACAUAUUCGAACUAGUUUGUAAUAUUGUAGUUUGCACAGUUUAAAAAAAGAUUAUAAUAUUUCGGGAAUAA